AUUGAGGGCACCAUGCAUGGUGGUUUGAGCUCUGGUGGAGCAAGGAUCACCACAGGAGGUUUGGGUGGAGGUAGCGGAACAGGAGUUAGUGUCAGGGGACGGAGAGGUAGCAUUGGAACUGGAGGCACUAUCGGUGGUGGAGUAGGGAGCAGCAUGAGUGGUCGCAGAGGCAGUGUCGGAACAGUGAGUGUCACUGGUGGGAAUUAUGGCCUUAGUGGAACAAGGGGCAGUACAGUAGGCGGUUGGACUAGUGGCCGACGAAUGAGUGGAAGCCACCGAUAUGGCAGUAGCAUUAGGUAUGGUGGUGGUGGAUAUGGUGGUGGUUACAGCAGUGGUGGAUAUGGUACUGGUGGAUAUGGAGGUGGUUAUGACCACACAGGACAUGGUUCUGGUGGAUAUGGAGGUGAUUAUGGCCACACAGGAUAUGGUUCUGGUGGAUAUGAAGGUGGUUAUGGCCACACAGGAUAUGGUUCUGGUGGAUAUGGAGGUGGUUAUGGCUACACAGGACAUGGUUCUGGUGGAUACAGACGGAUCGGGUACUCUGUUGGUGGAGGGGAUGGAUACAGAAGUGGUGGCUUCAGCAGCAGAUCUUACGGAGGAUCGUAUGGAGGGACCCUGGCUGUGAUGCCAGGCCCUUCAGACUUCUAGUCCUGUUACUGAACAUGGAAGAAAUAACUCAGAAGUCCCCAAACAACUGGAGAAGUAAAACAUGAAACUGAAUGCUACAUUUACAGUGAUGGACUUCAGAUAUAACCAUUGUCUUCUAAGAACAUAAACUCAGGUCUGAAAUCUUAGACUAGGUUUCAGCUGACUCUUCUGUCUUCCUUUACUCUCUUCUGAUGGCAUCCCCCCCAAAAAGAAAUAAUUUCCUUUCUGAGUUCUGCUGGUACUUUCUGGACUGGAGGAAGUGAUAGAGAUCGUGAACCUAGCCUGCUGGGGAAAUGUAGACACAUCACUCCUACAGACUCCAAAACUGUGUUUGAAUAGAAUCCAUAAACACU